UCUAAAGUACAGCUAAUUUCUUCCAGACUGCCCCAGGAUCUUCUUGUUAAUUUCUACCGAUGUACAGCGUAGAGUGUAUUGACGUACUGCAUUACAGCAUGGUAUGCCAAUUGCACAAAAGAACAACAGAAGGCUCUGCAACGUGUCAUCAGGAUGGCUCAGAACAUCAUUGGCACACAGCUACCGGCAAUCAAAGACAUUUACGUGUCCAGAUGUCAGAGCAGAGCCUUCAAGAUUAUCAAGGACUCCACUCACCCUGCACACCACCUCUUUAAACUGCUCCCCUCUGCAAGACAAUACAGGACAAUUCAUUCAUGCACCACAAUAAAAAAAAAAACAGCUUCUUCCCCAGGGCUGUGAAACAGCUGAACACUACACUACCUUAGUUUAUCUAUUUACUGUUGUUAUUUGUUUAAAUUAAACUGUUUAAUUUUCUAUUUUCAUACUUAAGUGUUUCUUUUAUAUUGUCUAAAGCACUUAGGGAAUACCACUAUAGUUUCGCUGUAUGGCACAGGAGUACAAUGACAAAAGUCUUCAAUUUCCACCAUAUGAACCAAUGUACAUCACACGAGUAGCUGCAUAGUUUAAACCGAAUAUCGACAAUCAGUAGAAUGUGUAUUAAAAAUAAUUGUAGAACAAGUGGCCGAGCGCCGAGUCUUAGAGAGAGUCCACGCUGGUUCUGUCGGGUCUGGCCCUUUAAGGUCAUGGCUGUAGACGGGAACCAAUCAACACCUUUAAAUAUGAAUAAAGAGGCACGCGGCAGAUCGGUAAGUUGCAGGUGCUAAAGUGUAAAAUGAGCUGGUUUUAAACUGGACUGCGAACUGUUACUCCGUUUUCACUGUUUGCUACUCUGCUCCAAUUCUUGAAAAAAAUUGAGUGAAUAUUUUAAUACAGUGCCUUCAGUUUGUUGAACAAUACACUAAUAGCACCUAAGAAAGAAUAAAUUAAAUGUCUUAUGCGGAAGAAAAUCUUGCGGGUUGCGCUGAAUAUUAGCCAAAUAAAUUGCAUUGAGUUAUUUAAAUAACAGGGAACGGUGCCUCUCACACUAAUUACACAAUGUAGACGUUGUAUGCUGCCGACCACCUAACAGUGAGUAAGUUUUAGCAUGAGAACUACGGGCGCGGAGCGUCUCCAUCUGCCGGGCGGAUCGAGUUGAGUAGAGCGGCUUUCCAGCAUAUUCCGGCACAAUCGACGCUUUUCCCCGCGGCUGCCGGAUACCGGGGACAUCAUUGGUCGUAGUCGUACUGGCCCUCCUUCGUCCUCUCCGUCCCCUAGGCGCUGCUGUCCUACCGACUAUGGUCCCUUCGUGCGCCCUUCUGCUGCUACGGCUGUGCGCGCUGCCGAGCGCUUUGGCUGCGGCGGCGAGCGACGUGCUCGUGCUGCGCGAUUCCGACUUCGACAAUUCCGUGGAGGAUCACGAGACCAUCCUCGUCGACUUCUUCCUCCCACGGUGCGCGCACUGUCAGAAAUUCGCCCCGGAAUACGAGAGAGCGGCGACGCGUCUCAAGGGGACGGCGAUUUUAGCGAAGGUGGACUGUUCGACCAGCUCCAAAACCUGCAAACGUUUUGGGAUUAAACGUUACCCCACUCUCAAAGUGUUUCGAAAUGGCAAGGAGUUUGCUAUCUAUGAUAGAUCCCACUCUGAAGAGGGGAUUGUGCACUACAUGCAGAAGCAGACAGGACCCAGUUCCGUGGUCCUGCACAGCAAGGAGGAUCUGGAUGCCUUCAUCAACCAUUCUGAUGCCAGCGUGGUGGGGUUCUUUCCAAACGGCAGCAAUACUCACCUAGUCGAGUUCCAGAAAGCAGCCAGCACCUUGAGGGAGAACUACCGCUUCGCCCACACCGUGGAGCCAGGGCUGGGUCUCUUACAUGGGCUGGAGGCAGAGGGUGUGCUGCUCUUCCGCCCCCCAAGACUCAGCAGCAUAUUUGAGGAGAGCGUUAAGAAGUACACCGGUCCCAUCAACACGUCUACCCUGCGCAGAUUCAUCAAGCACAACAUCUUUGGAAUUUGCCCUCACGUGACCAAGGAGAACAGAGAGAAACUAAAGGGACGGGACUUACUGACAGCUUACUAUGACCUGGACUAUGUUCGUGACCCCAAGGGCUCCAAUUACUGGAGAAACAGGGUGCUGAAGGUGGCGGUCCAGUUCCAGUCCCGAGGCCUGAGUUUUGCGGUUGCCAACCGCCGAGAGUUUGAGAGGGAACUGGAGGAGGACUUUGGCCUGGACCAGUUGGAUGGCGGAGGGUUCCCUCUGGUCACCAUAAGGACUCGCGAGGGGCACAAGUACAGCAUGCGAGAAGAGUUCACGCCGGAUGGAAAGGCCCUCACGCGCUUUCUUGAGGAUUAUUUUGCUGGACGAUUGAAGCGAUAUCUAAAGUCCCAACCUGUACCAGAAUACAACAAAUCUCUCGUUCAGACGGUGGUUGCAGAAACAUUUGAGGAAAUCGUCAGUGAUCCUGAGAAAGACGUGCUCAUUCAGCUCUAUGCACCUUGGUGUGGCCACUGUAAGAACCUAGAGCCCAAGUACAACGAGUUGGCAGAGCAGCUAUCUGGUGACCCCAGCAUAGUUAUUGCAAGGAUGGAUGCUACUGCCAAUGAUAUCCCAUCUGGCUAUGAUGUGGAUGGAUUUCCCACAAUUUACUUUGUACCAGCAAGAAAAAAGCAUAAACCUGUUAAAUAUGAGGGUGAGCUUAACGUGAAGGAUUUGCUGAAAUUCUUGAGGAAACAAUCCCCACAAGGCAAAGUUCAGAGUGGCACUAGAAAAGAACUGUGAAGCAUGACUUCAGUAUGGAUUGAGAGGGAUGCUGAGACACGGGUGGGCAGCUCUGUCUCUGUAGCUGAAGGUUUGCAACCAACUUACCUUGGACUUCUUCACACCAAAUCUUAACAAUUCAGGACCAUUGAUACUCACCACCAGCAUGGUGACCACUAAUGACCUCUGAGGAAAAUGCUGGUGUGGUAGGACAUUCUUACACUGUUGAACUAGGAGUACUCUCCAGAACUAAUGUAUGUGUUCAGUUGUGAUGUACAUUUAUUCAUUUAGCUGAUACUUUUCUCCAAAGUGACUUGGUAAAUAACUA